GUGUAGGGGCGCCGCCUGAGGGACGUCGCCCGGAGGCGGCUACCGUAUUUGCGGCCGCAGCCAGGGAGGCCUCCGCCGGCGGGGCAGCCGUUGGGCCAAGAUGGCGGAGGAGAAGAAGCUGAAGCUCAGCAACAUGCAGCUGCCCACCGAGUCCAUGAAGGUCAUGGCCGAGUCAAUGGGCAUCGGGCAAGUCCCCGAGGAGACCUGCCAGAUGUUGGCGGACGAAGUCAGCUACCGCAUCAAGGAGAUCGCCCAGGAUGCCUUGAAAUUCAUGCGCAUGGGCAAACGCCGGACCCUCACCACGGGGGACAUCGACUUGGCCCUCAAACUGAAGAAUGUGGAGCCGCUGUACGGCUUCCACGCCCAGGAGUUCAUCCCCUUCCGCUACGCCAGCGGUGGGGGGCGCGAGCUGCACUUCUACGAGGAGAAAGAGGUGGACCUGAGCGACAUCAUCAACACCCCCUUGCCUCGCGUGCCCCUUGACGUCUGCCUCAAAGCCCACUGGCUGAGCAUCGAGGGGGUCCAGCCUGCCAUCCCAGAAAACCCACCCCCAGCCCCGAAGGAGCAGCAGAAGACAGAGGCCACCGAACCGCUCAAAGCAACCAAACCAGGACAGGAGGAGGAUGGCGCCCUCAGGGGCAAAGGGCAGACCCCCGCGGCCCCCGAUGGCAAAGGCAAAGAGAAGAAAGGCCCCCUCUUGGAGGGAGCCCCCCUGAAGCUGAAGCCUCGGAGCAUCCACGAGCUCUCCGUCGAGCAGCAGCUGUACUACAAGGAGAUCACGGAGGCCUGCGUGGGCUCCUGCGAGGCGAAGCGGGCGGAGGCUCUUCAGAGCAUCGCCACGGACCCCGGCUUGUACCAGAUGCUGCCUCGCUUCAGCACGUUCAUCUCCGAAGGGGUGCGGGUGAACGUGGUACAGAACAACCUGGCUCUCCUGAUCUACCUGAUGCGGAUGGUGAAGGCCUUGAUGGACAACCCCACCCUCUACCUGGAGAAAUACCUCCACGAACUGAUCCCGGCCGUGAUGACCUGCAUCGUCAGCCGCCAGCUGUGUCUCCGGCCGGACGUGGACAACCACUGGGCUCUGCGGGACUUUGCCGCCCGGCUCAUCGCCCAGAUCUGCAAGAACUUCAGCACCACCACAAACAACAUCCAGUCGCGCAUCACCAAGACCUUCACCAAGAGCUGGGUGGAUGAGAAGACCCCCUGGACCACGCGGUACGGCUCCAUCGCUGGGCUGGCUGAGCUGGGGCACGACGUGAUCAAGACCCUCAUCCUGCCGCGGCUGCAGGUGGAGGGGGAGAGGGUCCGCUCCGUCCUCGAGGGGCCGGUGGUCAGCAACAUCGACAAGAUCGGGGCCGACCACGUCCAGAGCCUCCUCUUGAAGCACUGUGCUCCCGUUCUGGCGAAGCUGCGCCCCCAGCCCGACAACCAGGAGGCCUACCGGGCGGAGUACGGGGCGCUGGGCACCCUUCUGUGCACCCACGUGGUCAAGGCUCGCGCCCAGGCGGCCAUGCAGGCGCAGCAGGUGAACCGCACCACCCUCACCAUCACCCAGCCUCGCCCCACGCUGACCUUGUCCCAGGCCCCCCAGGGGGGUUCCGGCAGCGCCUCGCGGGCCCCCAGCAUCAUCAAGAUGCCCGGCUCCCUCACCCUCCCCAUGCAGACGCUGGUCUCUGCCCGGCCGGCCACCCCCACCCAGCCGUCCCCGCCGCCCACCAAGUUCAUCGUCAUGUCCUCGGCCUCGGGGACCCCCACCUCGCAGCAGGUGAUCACGCUCAGCGGGGGGCCCGCCUGCACCUCCACCUCCCCCGUCACCACCACGGUCCCCAGCACCCAGCCCCUGGUCAAGCUGGUCUCCGGCGGGCAGUCGGCCCCCAGCCCCCCCGUCUCGGGCAGCGUCCAGAAGUACAUCGUGGUCUCGCUGCCCGCUGCCGCCGAGGGCAAAGGAGCGGGGGCCGCCCAGCUCUCGCCCUCCUCCUCUUCGGGGGCCGGCGGCCUGGCCCUCCCGGGGGGCAUCAAGCAGGAGCACGGCGAGAGCCCCCCGCCCCCCGGGAGCAGCGCCAGCACCUCUGCCGCCACCGCCUUCCUGGCCAAGGCCAACGGGGCGCAGGGCCUGGUGCCGGAGUCCCCACAGACACCCUCCCUGUGAGGGAGGCCACGCAUGUCCCUGGGUCACAAGACGGCUG